AUGCAGGACUUUGAAGACGCAGCCAUUGUGAAAGCGAACUACUUGACGCCCAUUUCGGCCCGUGAGAUGUCGAUCUGCGCCGCCAUCAAUCCCUGCACGGGGCUCUAUCAGCUCGGGUUCGGUGGUGCUUGGGGACAGAGACUGAGUAUCUCCCAGGACCCCAAUCUCGACUUAUACUUGACGCUGCACAGGCUCUCCGUCAGCAGCAACUCCAGGCUGCUGACUAUCAACCUGAAGCGCCUGUGGAACCCCACUGCGAAUCCAACAGCUGGCGGUACCUUAACAGAUGUUCAGUUCAACGGCAAGAUGAUGGUGGAGGGCUCGGGUGUUGAGAGCUCAGUCAGCUUCAACCUUCAGGCCCGACGCACAAACAAGUUCGUGGCCAAGUUUAAUAUGUAUAAUGAUCUUGCUGACAAAGUCCAGCUUGCAUGGAAUCCGCUAAAAAUUGUCUCCAAUUCUGGCGGUGGCGACAUCAGCAUGGCCACGGUCAUCACUGGCUCACCCAACGUUGAACUGGACAGCAGCAGAUUAACUUUUGAAGCUAGCAGUAUAACUAUGCAUGGGCUCUGGACUACCUAUGCCAAUGGCAACUAUGUGCUGCAGCUGUCCAUUACGGAGCCAAUUUCCACAUCCGAAGCCAUCAGCUACACAGGCUUAGACGACCAGUACAGGCUGCUCAACGAGUAUGUGCCUGCAAUUGGGUAUCGUGAGUGGCCCACCACUGUUUCUUGGUAUGUCGCCCCCGGCAUCUAUGGAGUGCGGGUGGACAUCUACACCUCGUCUGCUGAUUAUUGGUGGCAAGUAGGAGGAGAAUUAUUCAGCAUAAUCUGUACCGAAAAGCACCACAAGGAGGUUUCGGAGCCAGUCGCAUUGGCCGGUCACCGCGGGCUGCGCAGCAUUAAUAAGGACUUUAUCGCCAGAAAAAAGUGAACAAAAAGCAGCAGCAAGACCAAGAAGCCAGGACUUAAUCCCCACAUCGCCACACCGACGAAUGAAACGAAAAAUUCAUCUACCUCCAAAUCCGAAUGGAACUUUGCCUCCUAACACAUUAAUCAGCUGCUGUCCAUACUGCUACCAUGCACAAGUAACCUAGCGGAUUCCCACACGCUCGCAUUACUCCCUCCUAAAAUAAAACACACAGGAAGGCCAAGGCAGGGCACCGCGCGCGAGCGAGCGAGGCUGCCCUGGACAAGUGCCUGUGUGCCUUCGUUUCCCGUUCAAAGAAGAGGGAGGCAGAGGAGGAACCGGCCGCAUAGAACAGCGUCCACAUGUCUGCCUUGUCCUCGGCGGACUCCCCUGCCUAUAUCCGUUCACAUGGCCACAAUAGCACGGCACGGCCUGGGAGCCUCGUUGGGGCCCUCCUUCUCCAUCAUCCCCCUCACACGUUCUUAUAACCCUGCCGUACGAUGAGCUAUCUAACGACUGAAAAAGCAUAACGUUCCACAAUCCAGUGUAGACUUCCAAGUUGCCGCCCCCACCAUGCCUCCCUU